CUCGCUCGCUCUCCCUCCUUGCGGAACCUCCACCACUUCCUCUUCCUCUCAUCCUCUCCCCUCUCUCGUCCGCCUCCGACCCCCCUAUGAAACCCUAACCCCGACGCCUCUAGAAAUCCCUCAUCCAUGGCGAAAACCCUCAUCUUCUCCCCUUCCUCCUUCCUCGCCGCGCCGCUCCCUCCCCUUCCUCGCCGUAGCCGACUCGGGUUUCCGCUCUACAGGCCCCGCAGGGCGGACACGAGGGUCAGGAUGAGCUUCCAUGGGGCCCCACCUCCUAACGGCGUCGAUUCGUUGGUGGAUCUCCACGGGAUCGUUUCGAGAGUGGAGGGUCUAUUGUACACGCUUGCGGAUGCCGCCGUGGCCACGGAUGCCACUGCUGCCGCACCUGAUGCUUCCACCGCGGUUCAGAAGAACGGCGGAUGGUUUGGUUUCAUCUCGGAUGCCAUGGAAGUAGUUCUCAAGGUGCUAAAGGAUGGCCUGACAGCAAUACACGUACCAUAUUCUUAUGGUUUUGCAAUUAUUCUACUUACCGUAAUUGUUAAGGUGCUGACCUUGCCUUUGACCAAACAGCAGGUUGAAUCAACCUUAGCUAUGCAGAACUUACAACCAAAGAUCAAGGCAAUUCAAGAGCGAUAUGCAGGCAACCAGGAAAGAAUACAGCUGGAGACUGCUCGUUUGUAUAAACAAGCUGGGGUGAAUCCAUUAGCAGGUUGCUUCCCCACUUUGGCUACGAUACCUGUUUGGAUUGGUCUGUAUCAAGCUCUUUCAAAUGUAGCAAAUGAGGGAUUGCUGACAGAAGGGUUUUUUUGGAUUCCCUCAUUGGGUGGUCCAACGACAAUUGCUGCCCGACAAAGUGGAUCUGGCAUUUCAUGGCUCAUACCAUUUGUGGAUGGACAUCCGCCCUUAGGAUGGUCUGACACGGCAGCAUACCUAGUUUUACCUGUGCUUCUUGUUGUUUCACAAUAUGUCUCUAUGGAGAUCAUGAAGCCACCUCAGACAAAUGAUCCAGCUACAAAGAAUUCACUUCUCGUUUUCAAGUUUCUUCCUCUUAUGAUUGGUUACUUUGCACUAUCAGUCCCUUCAGGACUCUCUAUCUACUGGUUCACAAACAACGUUUUAAGCACAGCUCAACAGAUAUGGUUACGUAAACUAGGUGGGGCAAAACCUGUUGUUAGUGGGGAUGCUGGUGGAAUCAUCAGUGCAGGACGAGCAAAACGUUCUGCUUCUCAGCCAGAACGAACCGGUGAAAGGUUUAAGCAAUUAAAAGAACAAGAAAAUAGGAAAAUGCUCAACAAAGCAUUGCCAAUUGAGGAGGGGCAGGGUUUGGCUUCCACAUCUAACGCUGAUGAUGAGUCGGAUGGGGAGUCCAUCGACAAGGGAGAAGUUCCAGAGGAGACCUAUGCUUCCAAUGAAAGCAAAAAACUUCCACAAUAUAAUACUACACCGAAGAAGGGGAAGAGAUCGAAAAGAAAGCGCGUAGUACAGUGAUUAUUUGUAGCAUCUCCUCAAAGUCAAUAUAUCUCGCCAUUUUUUUUUUGUUUUUACUUUGGUUUGUUUACAUAAGUUGUUCGAUUCGAUCAGAAGAGCAGAGUAACUGGUGGGGAAAGGAUCCCAUUUUUUUUUUCUUUUGUAGUUUUCUUUCUUCAAAGCAAUAUUUUCUUUAAUGUAUUUGUAUAAUCAAUCUACUUAGUGUAUGGCAAGAUAAAAAUAGAUAGAUCAUGUCACAAGAUGCAAUAUCUUCAGACCAUUUUGCUAUAUACUUCAAAUUGAUAUGCUCUAA